AUGGACACGGCAUCUAGAUCGAUUAUGAGCUUAGUAUUGGACGGUCACGUCAAUAAUAACGAUGGAAAGACAGAAACCACGGCAAAUAGACUUGGUCCUGAACAACGUAUUGAGAGUUUUCAAGAUUUGACGAAACAAUUUAGUGAAUUGAUAGAU